AUGGCCGAUACUGGAGCUCAAGAGAACUCACAGGGACCUACCAGCCCAGCGCGGCGAGGGGGAAGAGGCCGAGGGCGUGGAAGAGGAGCACAUUCUGGGCGUGAGGAUGGACACGAGAACUCGGGCGCCCGAGGACGAGGACGAGGUGGCUCCGCAGCUGGUCGCGGACGAGGGGGUCAUGGGAGAGGGGACGGCGCAAACAACCGCGGGGGACGGCCGGCAGCAGAAAAGGGCAAAGCGCCUGCAGUAGAAGGAGAACAGCGGAGCGAAGCGCUAUCCGCGGCCGCAAAACCAUCUGUGGAGGAGGCGGUGGACGACGACGAUGAUGAUGCAGAGGUCUGCUUCAUUUGCGCCUCGCCUGUUCAGCAUACCGCCGUCGCGCCAUGCAACCACAGGAGCUGCCACAUCUGCUCGAUUAGAAUGAGAGCACUGUACAAGACCAAAGCCUGCGCGCACUGUAGGACCGAGUCUGACCAUGUCGUACUCACUGACAAUCACGAGAAGCCCUACCAGGAGUUCUCCCCGGGCGAUUUCUUCAAGACCGACGAUAACCUAGGAAUCCGGUUCGAGAACCCUGACAUCUUCGAGGACACAAGACUGCUACUGCAGUACAACUGCCCGGACAGCGAGUGUGAUGUUGCGUGCUUGGGCUGGCCGGAUUUGCAUCGCCAUACAAAGACGGCGCACGGCAAGGUUAUGUGCGACCUGUGUACGAGAAAUAAGAAAGUCUUCACUCACGAGCACGAGCUCUUCUCCUUUGCCGACCUCCGCAAGCACCAGAAGUUCGGUGAUGACAAUCCGGGCGCAAUCGAUCAGAGCGGGUUCAAGGGACACCCUGAAUGCGGUUUCUGUCGUCAGCGCUUCUACGGAGACGAUGAGCUGUACACACAUUGCCGAGACAAGCACGAACGCUGCCACAUCUGCGACCGCCAAGAUGGCGGCCGACAGCAGCAAUACUACGUCAACUACGAUUCGCUCGAGCAGCACUUCCGGAAGGAUCAUUUCCUGUGUCCAGACCGGGAAUGCCUGGAGAAGAAGUUUGUCGUGUUUGAUUCUGAAAUGGAUCUCAAGGCCCAUCAGAUCGAGUCGCAUCCAAAUGGCCUGACCAAGGAUGCUCUCCGGGAUGCGAGGCGGGUGGACAUGUCUGGAUUCCAGUUCCGCGCACCACACGAACAGGAGCACGGAAGACGAGACGACCGGAGACGGGAAGGUGGCAGAGCUCGUGGGCGAGGCAGAGAUCCGAACGCGGAGGCACUGCCCGCGUCUUCUGCGCAAACUCUCAGCCGCGCAGAGCUCGCGUUCCAGCGACAAGUCGAAGCUCAGCAGUCCGGAGCAACGGGUCGCACGUUCGGCGGUCAGCUCUCAGCUCCUACGCCUGGCGAAGCAUUUGCAGCGCGACCGGCUCCCAAUGCAUCUGCACCGGCUACUCAGACCGCCUCACGACCCAGUCGACCGGCCGCAAAUGACAUCGCGAACAGCGUCAGCCAGCUGAGCGUUGAUUCGCAACCUAGCGUACCGCAGACUCCCCAAGACCAAGCGCGACUUCUUCGACACAACGCCGUCACCGAGCGAGCAACGAACAUGCUGCGCAACGACCAGAUCAAGCUGCAGCAGUUCCGCGCUGAUGUAUCGGCGUACCGUAACUCCAAGGUCUCGCCAGCGCAGUUCAUUGAAGGACUGUUUGCGCUUUUCGACAACGAUUCCAAGGAGCUGGGCAAGCUAGUGAAGGAGCUGGCCGACAUCUUCGAGAUCCAAAGCAAGCGGGAGGGCUUGCUGAAGGCUUGGAGCGACUGGAAAGCAAUCAACGAGGACUACCCGUCAUUGCCUGGCUCGGCAACAGGGCUCGCGCUCAACGGCGGCACUGCAACUAGUGGAGGAUCGAGAGUGCUGAAACUCAAGAGCUCGACAGCACAGUCACAGCGUUCGCAAGCCAAUCGAAAGGCAAGUUGGUCGACUACGUCAUCAGGCAACAGUUCGUUCCCAGCAUUGCCAGCGGCAGGUUCAUCGAGUCGCGGCGGCGGCGGCAUUGGAGCCAAACCGGGCCAGACACCAUGGAUGUCCUCAUCCUCCAAGCCUGUGCCUGUGCGCAGCACCGGCGUGUCGCCCAUACCCUCGCGCGCUGCUUCAUCGACUGGACUGGCCAACAAGAGCAACAAGGCGAUUUCGGACGGGUUUCCCGCCCUGCCGGCAGCACCUAAGCCAACCAGCACCAUCUUCAGCCCUGGGUACACAGGUCUAGGUCUGCGACGAGACAACAGCGGUCGAAACACGCCAGUCAACCAGGCUUGGGGGGCGCCAAGUGCUGGCGCAAGUGGCUCCACAACACCAACGGUUGAAGAUGGCGCGGGUGGAAAGAGGAAAGGCAAUAAGAACAAGAAGCAGACACUGUUCCACUUCGGCUAG